AUGUACAGAAUAGAUGUUUCAGAUUUUUAUGACUUCCAAGCCUUCAGAAAUAUGUGUCCAUUUCGAGACUAUAACAAAGCAGUCGAGAAUUUGAAACGUUUAGUCAUUUAUGUCGACUCUGCCCCAGAAUGUUAUGUUAUGAAAGAAUGGGAUGUUGUCUUUAACAAACCAAGAGCAACAAUAGUUUCAGAACAAGAAUGUAGACAGAAACUUAAGAAAAUAAAAGUCGUACAAGUUGGCAUGAAGAUGUUAGAUGCUUGGGAUAUCUUAUUGUCAAAGUUAGAAGAUUUUUCAGUUCGAGGUAUAAAGUUCUAUACACCUUCUCCAAACUUCUAUUCUAUCUUCACUGGAUAUAAAUACGAACAAGUAGAAUGGAAAGAAAAUAUUAUAGAAGCUUGGUUAGACCAUGUCAAAGAAAUUAUAUGCAAUGGAAACGAAAGAGUCUAUGAGUAUAUCUUAUGUUGGUUUGCAAACAUCUUACAACAUCCAAGUGCUAAAAAUGAAACUGCUCUCAUUAUAAUUGGAAAACAAGGAACAGGUAAGAACACAUUCUUUACAGAUAUCUUAUGCAAACUGUUAGAGGGCUAUUCGAACCCGAAUAUGACAAACUUAGAAAAUAUCUGUGGCAAGUUUAACUCUUCAAUAGAGAAUAUGAAACUUAUAGUAUGUAACGAACUUCAAAGUAUAGAUACAACAAAAGUUUUAAACUCAGAUGCUUUGAAGAGUCUUAUAACAGACAAAGUUGGAGUUGUUGAAAGAAAAUAUAAAGACCAAAGAGUUUGUGAAAAUGUUGUAAAUUUCAUUAUGGUUUCAAACAAUGCUGUUCCGAUGAAGUUAGAAAGUUCUGACAGAAGAUAUGUAGUUGUCAGAACGUCAGAUUCUCAUAUGCAAGAUACAGAAUAUUUUGACGACUUAGCAGAAACUUUGACAUCUGACUUUUACAACCACUU